AUGAGCUCUCUACUACUGCGUGUAUUCCGGCCCGUGCUGACCUCAUUGUUUGAGUAUGCCGGCUAUCCUAUUUCCGUGAGCUUUCCAGACCAACAUACGCCCUUCCGGUCGAAUGUCGCAGUGUCACCAGCGACCAACACCGAAACUUCUUCAUCAGACCAACCCACGAACUCCCACGAUGAGUUACCAGGGCCGUUCCGGCUAUUCUCACUGCCAGGCGAGCUCCGAAACAUCAUCUAUGCUCACGUUCUCGAAACGGAUGAGCCUAUCCUCAUUGCACCAUACCUCAAGAACGGAGUCUUACACCAGCGUCUAAUCCUCGAGGAUCCGACCCAAAAACUACGGAUAGACCUAAACCAAAUGAAAUUCGUCUGCAAACAACUCCACGAAGAAACAUCAGCUCUACCACCAACCCGCUGUCCAGAACUAAUCUUUCCCCUCCGCAAAGACACCCCCGAAUCCGCUUCUAGCAUAUGUGCAGAGUACCUUGCCGACGCCAAACCCGAGCAACUCAAGCACAUCCGCCGCAUCCACGUCCACGAGCGCAUCGCAUACAGACAGUGUCCUUUCUCGCCGCACCUCUUCGACCCUUGUAUGUCCCAGCUCGUAACAUUCGCCACCCACCACCCUUCCACCUCUAUCCAAACCUUCCUCCAUGCCGUAGACCCGAAGGUCUCCAACGACGUAUCAAAAUUCCCCAUUGCGGGCUUCUCCUACGAGAUAGCUCGCAAGCGGGUAGACUCCACCUCCGGAUACUACAGCGCGUGGUACAACAUCGACAGGGUUCUGGACGAGAUGGCUGAGACGUGGUCGGAUCAUGCGUUUGAGCCGCAGCCGUUUCCCAACAACUGUCUGCGCUAA